GGGACUGUACGGAUCACACCGGUUUCCGUCCCCAACAAAUAAUCGGAACUUAAUCGUUAUUCAGUCAGCACCUUUAUUAAGUAUUUCCUUCAAAUUCAAGCUUCCAAGGUCUAAGACUGGCUCUAAUUACGUUAAGAGCGGACAGAGGAUGUCUCGGGGUGAGACAGAAAUCAUGGAUGUGCCACAGGAGGGACAGGCGAGAGACGCGGGCCAGGAUGUGCCUCCGAACGUGGACAGCGCUGAGGAUCCCAGCGCAGAACCAGAGGAAACCAGAACUACAGAGGACCACACAGAAUCUCCCUCAGAGGAGGCCCCGAGCUCUGACAGAAUGGGUCACGAGAGCACUGAUCACUCUUUGACUGAAGAUGUCUCGGCCAAUGAGAAGUGCUGUCUCAUUCCUCAACAUGCGUCAACACCCAAUCACAUAGUGAGGACAGAUGCACCUACCAGGAAGAGCCCUGCGCCUGGCCUGCAGAAUGGCCACACCCCUCCGAGGGGAGUCGCCAAUGGAGCCCUGCCCGUUUGCACUCCCCCGACCGUCUCCGGCGGCCACCCAGGGUGGCCCUCCGCGCAGUCUCCCAAAUCCAGCGCGCCCGUCCAUCCGGACAAGAAGCGGCUGCCAUCCACCUCCACCAACAGCCAGCACAGCCUCAAAACCACCGCUGCCCAGAUCCAGCAAGUGGCAGGAGACGACUGCUGCGUACAUUGUGUUCUGGCCUGCCUCUUCUGUGAGCUGCUGUCUCUGUGCUCUGUGCUGGCACAGUGCCUAGCCUGUGGGCGGGGCUGUGAGACAUUGUGCUGCUGUGGGGGCGGAGCCACAGGAGGCGUGGCCUGCGGAGAGGAAGCCUGCUCGGCCGGGUUGGAUUGUGGGAUGCUGGAAGACUGCUGCGAGUCCUCCGACUGUCUGGAGAUCUGUCUGGAGUGCUGCUCCAUCUGUUUCCCUGCUUAGGUCCAGUUUACAAUUUACAGAGCAGCAGCCAGUGAAGACCACAGCCCAGCCAAUGCUGAACGGAUCCAGAGGUCACAUGGUUGCUUUGUUGAAAAACAAUUAUUGGGUUAUUUUAGUCUUUUUGUAGUCUGUAUUUAUUCAGCAAAUCAUUUUGUUUCCUAUUUUGAGGAAUAAAUUAUGAUUUUACCCUGCUAUGGUGAUAGAUUGCCAUCUUACAACAUUUAUUCUGACAUAAUGAGCUUAGAGUUCUUCUUGGUCACCCACCCAAUCACCACUGCAGACACUGUUGCUAUGUUAAAGACCCUUACACACACAUAUUUUACCCAAUGAAAUGUUGGUUUACUGAAAGCCAAUCAAAUUAAACAAUGCCAAAUAUGGGAAUCAUAACUCAGUGUACACUGGAUCUACACGAGUCUGAAGCAACACUAAUAUGCAGGCCUUGGUUAAUCAAAAUUCACAUGCCAUACUGUACCUACCACUAUAGAAGUUGAAGCAGAGAGGCAAUUUUUAAGCAACAAAUGUGCCAACCAAGUAAAGUAAGCUAUUAACAAGGGCUCUGAGAGUCAGUCAGUCACAUGGACACAAAAUAAAUUAACCACGUCAGGAUGUUACCCCUACGUCAGUCAGCAGCAUGUCAGUUUACAGUAAUUGUUGAUUAACCUGAUAAUGCAAAUGAAAUCUCGUUUUACAUAAUUGUAUAUGAAUAAAACCAUUAUACUGAGAAUGAUUUUAUGAAGAAAAA